GCCUUACUAAGCACUACAAGCCCAGGAUAAAGCUUCUAAAGGACACUCUGUUGUCCACCACCAGAGGAUAGUCCCUUGAUGUCUGCACUAAAUCACCAGGAAAACAAGCUAAGCCUCAAAUCCUUAUUCCAUGGAAGGGCAGAGCUCAUUUCCAGAGGAGUUUUGUGCCCUUUCUUUCCUUCCAUUGACAUUCCUUUCUUUUCUUUUUCAAGCUGGGUCCUGCUUUUAGCUCUAGAUUUUGACAGAGACCAAUUGCACCUGAUUUUCAUGGGGAUGAAAUGUCUGCAAGUCAUCCUACAGGUAGUGUGGGAUCUUGGGGCAGAUCUGUGAGGCUGUGGUUUUUGGCUCUUCUAAACCCACAGUCUUGGGCUUUCCAUGUACAGGGCAUUCCAGGGCAGUGGGACAGGCUUCCAGUGACAGAGGAGAAUUUUCCAACAUUUUUUUGGCAUUAGCUGUAGAGAACAUUCAGGGGCUCUGCAUACAUCUGCAAGCAAAGCUAGAGCAGCUGCUGUUGUGAUGUCACUGGAACCGUUGUCCUGGUGCACGGACCGUUGUCCUGGUGCAUGGAGUGUUGUCCUGGUGCACGGACCGUUGUCCUCAUGCACGGAGUGUUGUGCUGGUGCACGGACCGUUGUCCUCGUGCACGGGAGCCUCCGUGUGCACAGUGUGUUUGGCGUGCUCGUAGCGGGAGGGUGCUCCUCAUCGAGGCACUCACCUCCAGCAGGCUGCACUUGGACACCCGGGGUGUCCUUUUCUUCCUUGGCGUGCACAGGCUGUGGAAUUCUUGCCCAGCAUGGCUAAAGUGUUCCGGCGAGUCUGUGCCGCCUUUCGCCGGGUUUUUCCUAUGGCCUAUGCUUUUUGUUCCCACCCAGACAAACCCGGGCUGCUGACCCAUCUAGCAAGAAAAUAUGUGUUUAGAAACAGAAGAGGCCGUCCUUCGGUGAGCGGCAAAAGGAAACUACCUCGAGCUGACCCUCCUCAGGCUCCUUCUCUUCCUUCCCUUUAUGAGGAUACAGAGGAGGAAGACAACAACGAAGCUCCACCUGUUGUUGCACCGGAGCCUGAACAGCCAAACUCUACCAAUACAUGUUCUGGAACAAAAUCUUCCACUGCCCUGGAAGCUGCUGCACUGGAAGCCGCUGACAAAGACAACACUCCCACACCUGAGAUCACCUACAUGAGCACUUCCAGCAGUUCCUGCAGCAGCACCAACGAGCAGCAAAAGACGGUAGAGGAGGACAGCCUCGAGAAAUUGAGGAGCAUUGUGAGUGUGGGAGAUCCUAUGAAGAAGUACGUUGAAUGGGAAAAAAUUGCCAGUGGGGCUUUCGGAACAGUCUAUGCAGCGACCGACACUGCCACAGGAGGAGAGGUGGCCAUAAAGCAAGUGUGUCUCCAAAAACAGCUCAAAAAGGAACGAAUUGUCGAUGAGCUCAUUGUCAUGAGGGACAACAAGCAUCCAAAUAUUGUUAACUAUUUAGACAGCUACCUGGUUGGAGAUAAACUGUGGAUAGUGAUGGAAUACCUAGACGGAGGCUCCUUAAGUGCUGUUGUUAAGGAAAUAAGCAUGAGUGAAGGAAUGAUGGCAGCUGUCUCUCGAGAGUGCCUGCAAGCACUGGCCUUCCUCCAUUGCCACCAAGUGAUCCACAGGGAUCUCAAAGGCGAUAACAUUCUGCUUGGAAUGGAUGGAUCCGUCAAGUUGGCUGAUUUUGGUCUCGCUGCUCGCAUCACACCUGAGCAGAGCAAACGAAGCUCAGUCGUUGGCACAGUUCACUGGAUGGCCCCCGAAUAUCUAACUAAAGAGGAAUACGGACCCAAAGUGGAUAUUUGGGCACUGGGCAUCACAGUGAUAGAAAUGCUGGAAGGAGAACCUCCUUAUUUUUGGGAGCUUCCUCGCAGGGCCAUGCAGCUCAUCAUUUCAAAGGGGAUACCGGAGCUGCAAAGCCGCGAAAACCUGUCCCCUGCAUUGCAGGACUUUCUGAACCGCUGCUUGCAGGCAGACGAGGACAGUCGAUGGUCUGCUGAGGAACUUCUGCAGCAUCCAUUUUUACUCUCAGCCAUGCCCCUCUCCGGCCUCACAACUGUGAUCAAUGCAGCAAACCAGCUGAGGGAGGCCAGCAGACAGAGGAAGGGUUUUGGCAUGCCUUCCUCCAGUUCCAUCGAUGGGUGGAACUCAGAACAAAACUGAAGGAGCCUCACCCCAGUGAAUACCCUGGGGGAGUUCCACAGAGGAGGGGGCGCUUAGGAGUCGAUUAGGGCACAGGGCAUCACCACCAGCAGGUGGUGAGCAACUGCAUUGUACAUUGCUUGUUUUGCUUGGGUUUCAUCUCUUUCUCCGUUUUACUACUGUUACAAUUAGGAUUUGCAUUAGUAUCACUAUUAGAGUUUGUAUUAGUAUUAGUGUUAGUAUUACUAUUUGUAUUCAUAUUGGAUUUUACUCUGUUUCAAUUAUUAAACUGUUCUUAUCUCAACAUACGAGUUUUGCUUGGGUUUCAUCUCUUUCUCCGUUUUACUACUGUUACAAUUAGGAUUUGCAUUAGUAUCACUAUUAGUGUUUGUAUUAGUGUUAGUAUUACUAUUUGUAUUCAUAUUGGAUUUUACUCUGUUUCAAUUAUUAAACUGUUCUUAUCUCAACAUACGAGUUUUGCUUGGGUUUCAUCUCUUUCUCCGUUUUACUACUGUUACAAUUAGGAUUUGCAUUAGUAUCACCAUUAGAGUUUGUAUUAGUAUUAGUGUUAGUAUUACUAUUUGUAUUCAUAUUGGAUUUUACUCUGUUUCAAUUAUUAAACUGUUCUUAUCUCAA